CUUCAUGCUCUUCAUCGCUCUUCAUGUCUGCCAACAUGUUAGCUUCCGUGAAUUGAGAAAGUGGUAAUCAUCAUAUCAAGUUUUUAAGUCAUAGUGUAGUUUUGCCGGAAUGUGUUACGCAUUAUCUUAAAGUGCGUUGUAGACGUUGUAGACUGAAUGAGAUAAUUCAGUUGUAAAACAGUUAUGGCGAUAAAUUUAGAUAUAAGGGUGAAGAAGGCUAACAAAGUGUAUCAUGAAGGGGAGAAAAUAACCGGCGUAAUUUUGGUACAUUCUGGCUCUGAUGUAAAGCAUGAUGGUAUCUCUUUGACCAUGGAGGGCACUGUUAACUUACAGUUAAGUGCCAAAAAUGUAGGAAUAUUUGAAGCUUUCUACAACUCAGUUAAGCCAAUUCAGCUUGUAUCAUGUACAUUGGACGUGGCCUCACCUGGUAAGAUUCCAGCUGGGAAGACAGAAAUACCAUUUGAGUUUCCGUUGACUCCCAGGCCAAAUAGGACGUUAUAUGAAACUUACCAUGGAGUGUUUGUCAAUAUUCAAUAUCUCUUGCGCUGUGAGAUGAAAAGAAAUUUCUUGGCAAAGGAUCUUCUCAAAGUAGCAGAGUUUAUUGUGGAAUACAAGGCUUCGUCAUAUGAGAAGGCUGUACCACACCCAGUUAACUUUUCCAUCACCCCAGAAUCUCUGCAUAAUGUCAAAGAUAAAGGUCGUAUUCCACGGUUCCUGGUGACAGGUCACUUGGACUCAACAAUGUGUUGCGUCACCAAACCAUUCACUGGAGAGUUGAUUGUGGAGCACUGUGAAGUUCCUAUAAAGUCUGUGGAACUGCAGUUGGUUCGUGUGGAAACUUGUGGCUGUGCUGAAGGCUAUGCGAGAGAUGCCACAGAAAUACAAAACAUUCAAAUUGGUGAAGGGAAUGUGCCUUGUGGAAUGGCUAUUCCUAUUUAUAUGAUCUUCCCUCGGUUGUUCACCUGCCCGACUCUGUCUACAAGCAAUUUUAAAGUAGAAUUUGAAGUAAACAUUGUGGUCAUAUUUCAAGAUGAUCAUCUCAUCACAGAAAACUUUCCGGUUGUUCUCACACGCUACUGAGACACAUAGUCAACAAGAAGCAUAUGUGAUUACAGGAAUGAUUGAACUUUGGCCAAUACGUCACUUGAAGCACUUGAGCUGAAAUUAACAAUGCCAAGAAGAGUUGUUGUGCCAAGAUUAAGUUGAAACAUUUCAUUGAUGUUUACAGUUCAGUACUUCAGCUGAAUAUACUAUCUGUUCCAGCCCCCUCCCCCUUUUUUUAGGGUGGUGGGACUAAGGCCCUUGUACUGCGGCCACUUCUGGCCUAUUGUACUAGCCUCUGAUGAUAGGU